UAUCUUCCACUUAGUACGUCUUUGUACGUCUUAGUACACCUCUGUACCUCACCUCGACGACAUGUCGAGCUCUCAUCUCCUGCUACUAGUCCUCCUGUGUCUCCUCGUCUCUCACCUCUCCCUGGCUUCCCCGCGACGAAGAGGACGAGCCAGGGCUCAAGAGGAAGAGGAAGAUCAGCUUCCUAGCGAAGAGCAAGAGGAAGACCAGCUUUCUAAGGAGGAGGCGGAGGCGGAAUGGGGUCUGUUGCCCGAGGAAGUGGACGCCUUUAGAGACGUCUUAAUUAACCUGAUGGAUGUUUUUGACGACGGUCAUGGCACCUCGAGCAAGAAGAAGAAAUGUCGUGGGCGUCGGUGUGGCAGCGAGGACGAGGACGAGGAGGCCUCCAUGGUGGUCAUCAUGGUGGAGGAGAGUGAUGCUGACCCCAUGGACGUGACCCUGGCCUCCCUCCUCUACGACGAGGACGCCCCCUGGGGCCGCUGCGCCAGGUCCUGCAUCACGAGAAGAUCUAGGGACUGCAAGUACCGGACGCUGUGUGGAACAAAGCCCCUGCUGGAGGAAGCCUUCUGCUACGUCCCCGGCUCCUCCUGCGAGGACAAGGUACACGAGCAGCUGGCUUCAGAAGGUUACAUAAUCACAGAGGAGGAGGAGGAGAAUGUGGCAGAUGAUACAGAAGGUGACCCACACGACCUGUCAGACGACAGUACAAGAGAGGGGAAAAAUGUCCGUUCAUCAUACGCUGAUGUCAGUGAUAGUGAUUAUGACUAUGGAUGGUUCGACUACCAAACUGGCAACACUGGUGAUGAUUCCUCAAACACUGUCGAAGGUACUCACAAGGAUGAGGAUGAGGGACCACAGUAUGAGGAGGAUGAGGGACCACAGUAUGAGGAGGAGGAGGAGGAGGAGCACCAGCUUCAGGAGGAACACAAACGCUGUGGAAGGAAAAGUUUCAAGACCCGCGAUGACCUCCAACGCAUCAUAGGGGGACGGCAGGCCAGAAAAGGAGAAUGGCCCUGGCAGGUAGCCAUUCUUAACAGGCUUAAGGAGGCCAUUUGUGGUGGUACCAUUAUUGCCCCUCAAUGGGUGCUGACUGCAGCACAUUGUAUUGAGAAGCGACUCUAUGUACGGAUGGCAGAGCAUGACUUGACCACCCACGACCAACAUGAAAUGGAAAUGCGGGUAGAACAGGCCUUCGAACACCCCGACUAUGACCCAGAGACCCUCGAACAUGAUCUGGCGCUCCUGAAGCUUCCCUGGGAGGUGAUGUACAGUAAACGCAUCACCAGUGCUUGUCUGCCGGGAAGAGGGGUACAGCCCCCUAGAAAGAUCAAGUGUGUCAUAGCAGGCUGGGGCAAGGAGAGGGAGGCACACAUCUUUGGCUCUGACGUUCUGAACUAUGCCAGGGUGCCCAUUGUUGCCACAUCAUCAUGCAGACGGGCAUAUCCUGAACACCCCAUCACCAAUAACCAUAUCUGUGCCGGCUACAGGAGGGGCUCCACCGAUGCAUGUGCCGGGGACUCCGGAGGCCCGCUGGUAUGCGAGGACAAGCAAGGGGUGUGGACGGUGCACGGAGUUACCUCCUUCGGGAUGGGGUGUGGCGACAGUGGCAGGUAUGGUGUCUACACCAAGGUGGUCAACUAUGUCCCAUGGAUCAAUCGGAUCAUCACUCGUAACUGAGUCGACUCCCUGGAAAAGGACAGCACUGGCGAGAGGAGGAGGUACCAGGAGGUACGAGCAAAGAGACUGAGAGCUACCAGGUUGGGAAGUGAGGAAAAGAAAAACUUGAAACACAGGGAGAGGACACAUUAAUUUACACGAGCACAAUAUAAGGUGACAAUUAUGUUGGUGUUUGUGAGAGAUCGUUUCAUCAUUAUAGUUGGUUUUGGAGUUAAAAAACAUGCAGGUUGAAAGAAUAUAUUAUAAAUGUUGUAAUAAAGAAGGAUAAUUAUCUAGCCUAUGGAUGAACAAAUCAAUGAAACACCCAUCAAGAUAAUACAUUAGGAAACACGAACUAGUAUGGGCUUGGGAACAAAGUACUACUGUAGUACAUUCAACCAAAUAAAAGUGAGAACUGAACAAAAAUCCAGCCAGUCCUCCACAAAAUCCAGCCAGUCCUCCACAAAAUCCAGCCAGUCCUCCACAUUAUAUGCAGCUGCAAUUAUUCAGAAAGAACACAGGCAUACAAUGUAUGAUUUCUGGACUAAAUAGUCUUGAGAGUAUAGGAGAGCAAGUGUAAGCUCAUCCACCAAUGGUGUAUUAAAAAGUAAAACAAAAUUGGUCACCACUUAAAUUAUCAGAACAGGCUUAAAAACUAAUACUGUUCUGUACUGUUCCAUGCAGUGGAUCCUCAUUCAUGCAAUUCAAUGGAAAUACAUAAGCAACAUUAGGACUGUUUUUAGUCAUAAGAUCAAAUGCUAUUAUUUAAAAAAAUAUGGUGUCAAAUAAGCAGGGUGGAGUAUUCUCUGGACUGAAUUGCAGUGAACCUGAGAAAACUUCAACACUUUAAUAAAAAAAAAAUGUGCAUUUUGAAGAGAUUUUGUAAUAAAAAUGUGUCAGAAUGUUGUGUUGUUGAGUAGGAUCAAAGACCUGAGGAAAGUAUGCUCCAUGUCAUUGUUACUCUAACCUAUUCUACCCACCGAAAAUAUAAAUAAAAUGUUUAAAUAUAUGUUCUUCACGAGAUUUCUGACAUCACUAUAAUGUAAUGUUCAUGCUGGUAUAGGUUUGGAAUUUUACCGUUAUUGUUUUACCAGUGAAGUGACACAAGCUAAGGUAAAAAUGGACAAUAUGAUCCAACACAGGAACCGCCCACAUACGUGACUUCUGCAGGCAGACGCAUCCUUCCACCAUAAUAUCAGACGAUGGUUACCUUGAGAUGGUUUCGGGGCGUAGCGGCCCAGCCUGGAUGGCAACAGAUUUAUAUAGCUUAGCCCUUGCAACAAAAAAAAACUAAAAAAAAAAAGAAGUAUCAGCACUUGUCGAGUCAUCUCUCCAGGAACCAAGAAGCUUCCCUUAGAAACUUACAACAUGCUCACCUUUUCUCAAGCCUUGUCUUCAGGAACUACAUGCCAACUGAAACUCCUACACCACAUACAUUACCUGCUACAACACCCUUGGCCUCGCACACUAACUUUUGUGGGUGACCAGUAUUAAAAUGCAGGUGCUUUAGUGAAAUGAAAAUCAGUGUUGGCAUAUUGAGCAUUGGUCUAGACAGGUUAGGUUUAUGGUUACUUCACUUAAAAAUUGGUGCUUAUCAAAUAAUGAGAAUGGGCUGGUAACAGAUGCUAUUCUCCAGGCAAAUGGCUAUAACAUCCUAAGGUAACGCCCAGUCUUCAACACUAGCCUGAUCACCACAUUCAAUCGGAUUGGGCCAUGGGUCUCAAAAAUUUACAAGAGUCCUGCCCGACCACCACCCUCCCUAAUUGAUCCAGUCAUUACCGGGUCCAAGAAAUGUGUGCAUUCCCAGACCUACCUCAUUUCAUCCUGCUUACUUAUUUUCUUAGUUAUUAAUUAAAGUUACCAAUUUGGUAACUUUAAUGAACUUUGGGCAAGUAUUGUAAAUACAGACUAUAUUAUUUGCAUUUCUGUGCACCAACUACUUAGCUAUCCCAAAAAGUUGCAAAUGUACUUUAGUUAUACUGAAGAGAUUAUUUCAAGAAACAAGAGCAGACCUUAUAUGUAGACACUUUACCUGUAAAAGCAUAAAUUGAUAAUGUUAUCAAAAGCUGUAUCAAAAUGUUGAUAAAAGCUUUCAAGCAAGAGAAUGUUCCCAUGUUACUGCUACUCAACAUCACUGUGUUCUCUUAAAUCUAAAAUGCCGUGGGCCAACGGGCUCCCACUUUACUAUCGAAAGCAGCACUAAAUUUUAUGUUUUAUCCAAUGCAAUAAUGCCCCUGGAAGGGUGAAAUAAUCAGUAGUAAGGAAUGAUUGUACAAUACUGUAUUUUUCUCCAUAUAAAUAGCAUUAAACCCGAUUUCAGGUGCUCCUUACCGUUUUAAAUCAUACUGACCAUUUGCACAUGACAACUUGUACUGGUCAAACAAUGAUCAUGCUUACAGUCCCACAUGUAAAUAAGCCGAAUCAGUAGUUCUAGCAUCAUCAACGACAAUCACAGCAAUACUUCAUCACACACAGAAAUCACAAUUGCGUGAUGCAUCAAAUGAACAAAUCCACAAGGGCCGUGACAAGGAUUCGAACCUGCGUCCGAGAGCAUCCCAGACGCUGCCCGAAUCGACUAAGCUACGACAUGGUCAAAAAAAGAGUUGAAACCGAAGUUCUACUGAACUUACUGGAUCCUGCAGCCUCUACGAACACUGCAUCAUUCAACCUCCAGUGUGAUAAUACCACAGCCUACCUUUCCACGAUUCCGAGGAUCAACGUCCGGUGGCCCCCCACUCUCCCCAGGCCUAAGGCCUAUAUACAGUAUAAAUUUAACAUUAGUGACAAAAUGAUGAAUAUGAAAUUAAUAAAUUAUUUUAACAGAU